GGAGUGGUACAACCGACAAUGUCCACGCUGUUUCCAUCCCUGCUCCCACAAGUGACUGAUUCCCUGUGGUUUAACUUGGACCGACCUUGUGUGGAUGAGAAUGAGCUACAGCAGCAGGAGCAGCAGCACCAGGCCUGGCUGCUGAGCAUAGCAGAAAAAGACAGCAGUUUGGUGCCUAUAGGGAAGCCGGCUUCAGAGCCAUACGACGAGGAGGAAGAGGAAGAUGACGAGGAUGAUGAAGACAGCGAAGAAGAUUCAGAGGAUGAUGAGGACAUGCAGGACAUGGAUGAAAUGAAUGAUUAUAAUGAGUCUCCAGAUGAUGGUGAGAUAGAGGCUGAUAUGGAGGGAGCUGAACAAGACCAGGAUCAGUGGAUGAUUUAAGCAGCCUCGGCAGGAAAAAGAAAUCUGUGACCCCCUGCCCAGGAUAUUUAUUCAAGAAGCAGAUGAGCAAUGCAGCCUGUGACAGUACAAAGCUAUACCUUCUUGCUGGCGCCAUAUUUAUAUUAAGUCUUGAUGUGGAACGUGACUGUUGAGAAAUGAGAAAACAAACAAACACUUACUGAAAACCUAAUAUGCAGUUAAAGGAGGAUUUUGAUUGGUCAGUGCCAACUCUGUGUGUGGUUUAGUCCUGCAGAAAUAAACCUUCACGUGCUUCUCUUUGGUACAUCCCAUGAUCCAAGAGCCAGCUUGCCUUUUUAACUCCUAUUGCUUCCCCUCUCCACAAUCUUCAAUGGUUUACUCCUAGAACAGGGGGCCCAUAGGCAUCGCACCAGCUGCAGUGGAAGCCUCCCAUAAUCCACUGGGAAUGGAAGCUGGAGGGCUGUCGGUGGCACAUGCCUGUUGGUUUGCACUUUCUCUGCCAUGAUAGUAAUGGUAAUUCUCUGAGCAGCAGACCUUUUUAUAUCUACCUGCACAGCAAAUAACCUCUAAUAAACUGUUUCUUUAAUGUA